AUGUCGUGGCGCCGUGCAGCUCUGGUGGGAACGCGGCUCGCCAGGAGCGGGAGCAGCUCAGCUGGAGGACUCAGCGGGACGGAGGGAGCUGCGGCCUCUGGGAUGGGGAGUAGCACAUCGUCAUCUUGGGGGAAGUCAGCAACUGCUCCUGUGAACCAGAUCCAAGAAACAAUAUCAGAAAAUUGUGUGGUGAUUUUCUCAAAAACAUCUUGUUCGUACUGUACAAUGGCAAAAAAGCUUUUCCAAGACAUAAACAUUAACUAUGAAGUAGUGGAGUUGGACAUGCUUGAAUAUGGAAACCAAUUUCAAGAUGCUCUUUUUAAAAUGACUGGUGAAAGAACUGUUCCAAGAAUAUUUGUCAAUGGAACUUUUAUUGGAGGUGCAACUGACACUCAUAGGCUUCACAAAGAAGGGAAAUUGCUUCCACUCGUUCAUCAGUGUUAUUUAAAAAAAAAUAAAAGGAAAGAAUUUCAGUGAUGUAGAUCCUCAUAACUUUGUUGGUAAAAUACUAGUUAUUUAAAGUGAUAAUGCCUGACAGUGCUUUUUAAAUGUUUAAAGAUUUUUAAACAUAUGGAUUUUUUUCACAAAAGACUAACAUGUAGAAAAUAAUGAACAAUAAAUUCCUAUGAAAA